AUGUCCUCGGUGUUCGUCUGGUUUGCGUCCAACGCUCCACAGAGGGUCAGCAGGGACCUGAUGGAGAUAAUGAAGCCUAAUAAAUACCUCCUGGCCUCGGCUAUCGGAGGCCUUCCUGACCCGUCUGCCCCGGAGAACAUGUGUUGGGGAACGUUGGGAACCGUUCGACCUUUUCCCGGUUUCCAUGCCGACCGAGACGCAAUGGAGAUCCGAGAAGCUCUGGAGAGCAAAAACGUAGUGACUCUGCUGAGAAUUCUGACCAACCGGACCAAUGCCCAGCGGCAGGAGAUCGCUAAGACCUUUGAAGAACAAACCCAGAAGGACCUUGCGGCGGCUCUGAAGAAAUCUUUAUCUGGAGAUGUGGAGGUUCUUCUGCUGGAGCUUCUGAUGCCUCCUGUCCAGUAUGAAGCUUAUCGGCUGCAGCAAGCCAUGGCCGGUUUAGGUACAGAUGAGGAAACUCUGAUGGAGAUUCUGUGCACCAGAUCUGGACCUCGGCUUCAGGAAAUCAGAGCCGCAUAUAAACAAUUGUAUAAGAAGGAUCUGGAGAAGGAGCUGAAAGGAGAAACCAGCGGAGACUUUGCUAAACUCGUUCUGGCUUUACUAAAUAAAAGCAGCGCUGCUGGUGGUGUUCAAAGAGAUAUUGAGUCUCUGUCUGCGACUCUAAGUGGGAAAAAAGCUGAUGCUGGACCGUGGAUUAGCAUCCUGACCUCCAGAGACUCGGAUCAUCUCAACAAAGUGCUGACGGGACUGGAGCUGAAGAACGGACAGGCGAUCAAUGAAACGGUGGAGAAACGCUUCUCUGGAGACUUUCGACUGGGUUUGAGUGUUUUAGUUCAGUGCAUUCAAAGCUCCGAUGUCUACCUCGCCAAGAGACUCGCCACCAUGAAGCCGUCCUUUGUUCACGGCAUCAUGGUUUCUCACAGCGAGGAGGAUCUGCUCUGCAUCCGAGCGGCCUUCAUUAAACUAACAGGAACUUCUCUGUACUCGGCUCUGCAGAAACAGUUCAAAGGAGAUCAUCUACAGGUGCUGCUGGCCGUCUGUCGGUCCGAAGAUUAAACCAGAAUUCCACACAAACAGUCUGUCUUUAUGCAAAAAUAAACUCUGAUAACUUC